AUGGCGAAUGCAUCUACGACUCCAAAUGACACCAAUACCGCAUAUCUUGAUCAUUUUACGUGCAAUAUAUGUUUGGAGGUGCUACAAGAACCUGUUCAAUGUGUGAAGAAUGAACAUUAUUUUUGCAAGAAAUGUAUAACCAAGCAUUUAACGCGAUCACAAACCUGCCCUGUUUGUCAAGAUGCACUUACUCCCGAAACACUUCGUCCUAUCCCGAGAACUGUGGCGAGUCUACUCGAGCAGUUUCAAUCUCCGAGAUGCAGGUAUGCCAGUCGUGGAUGUACGAGCGCAGUGAGACAUGAAGCUUUGUUGUCUCAUCGCGAAGAAUGCGGCUUCGCUCCUGUUCAAUGUUCGCACGAAGGAUGUGAAGCGACGGUAAACAGACAAGAUCUCGUCAGCCAUCAGCAAGCCUGUGAAUUUCGUUUGGUAACUUGUGAAGAUUGUCACGAGGCGAUGAGACAAACAGAAUAUAGAAAGCAUACUUGUGUCUUGCGAAAGGAAGUGGAUGAGAAUAAACGAGAAUUGGUUGAAGUUAAGAGAAUUUUGCGAGAAAUUCAAGACGAACAGGUGAGCACAUGAAGUGGCGAAUAUUUGGCGAAAUAUUUAUAAACCCGCAUGUUUGCCGCAGGGCUCGAAGUAGAGAAAAAAUAUGGCCUGCCAGUCUAAAUUUUUUUGGCAGGUGAAAUAAAUUUUAGCCCGCUAUUUUUAUUCUUUGAACUGCCAAUAUGGCGAUGUUUUUUACAUUAGUCUUGUAAAAAUCAAUGUUUUCAUGAUAUGCAAUUUUUAUUCUUUUUAGACUUGUCUUGAAUUGUUGUUAUCGCAUAUGAAAUGAAAUAUAUCUACAGAAUUUCACCUGCCAUUUUUUUUUUCACUUGGCUGUUCAAAUUUAUUUUUGCCUGCCAUUUCUAAAAUAUGGCCUGCUUUUGGCCAUUGGCAUUUGGCAGUCCGCUAUUUCGAGCCCUGAUAAUUGUUUGACGAAAUAUUUAUAAUAAACCGCGCGAGUCAUAGCACGAGCGGUAUUAUAAAUAAUAAUUCAUUAAUAAUUCGAGAAACAAGUGCAAAAACGUAUUGAUAUCAUUCUAAUAUAGUCAAUUUUACACGAGCAAUCAAUGUCAAUGAUUAGAAAGAUUGUAUUAAUGUAGUCAUGGGAGCACAGCCAUACGCGCCUUUGUCAAUUUUGAGAGUAAUUUCUGACAUUAAUUUUCAAUUCAUACCUGUGAAUAAUCUUUAUUUAUUCUUUUUCUUUAAUAUUUCAAUAUACUUAAUUAAAGAGCUCAUUUCAAAAUAAGAGCAAUAAAAAUAUAAAUUUUCCAGUUGUUAUUUAGAUUUUGUGUCAAUCGGCACGGUUUUUAACGAAUCAGAAGCGAGUAAAUUGACUAAAAUGAAAUUAAGUAAUUAACAAUAAAAUAUAAAUACUUGUCUCUAUAUUUUACAGCUUCGACAAGGCGUGGAAACCCAACGCUUGGCAAGUAGAAACCCAAGGCGACCUAGUGCAACGCAAGGGCAACAAAGCAACAACUUACUGCAGCCAGCAAGAGAAGUAAGACAGCCUAAUCCAACACGAGGACAACAAUGUGAUAAUAGUAAAGCCGAUUCCGCCUCCCCAAAUCUCUUCAGCCAAGUCAGUUCUAUGUCAAGUCCAAUUCAAAACCAAGCAACAGUCAACCGUCAGAUAUUUGUAGCUGGAGGAGACAACAAGUCAUACGAAAUCUUCGACUGGUCCACUCAGGAAUGGACUUUGUAUGAGGACACUUUAUUCUUCGACCAUGAGGACGGACUUUCUUUCGUUUACGACAACAAGGUUAUGAUUUGUGGUGGGAACAAAACGAACAGAGUGGAAUGUCUGGAUAUUGCCAGUGUUUCUUCAGAUGUGUUUCCUUUAUUGAUGCCCAGUCGUGGUAAAGGCAUUUUAUGUGGUGACAAAAUAUUGACUUUCAGCCGACAUUCUGUUUCAACAAUAUCCCUUAAAUCUCCAUUUGAAAUCACAAAUUUUGCUUCUUAUGCUUCCAAGAAAGGAAGAGAUCGUCCCCAUUGUGUCGCCUUUGUCAACGAAAAUGCAGUGGUCCUUGUUGGCGCGAAAUUAGGAGAUGAUGUCCUAAUGUAUAACCCGACAACGCAAGUGAUAAUGAAUCUAGCACCAUUGCCCUAUCAGUGGUCUGAUAUGGCUGCAGUCGUACAUGAUGGCAAUCUCAUAAUUCUGGGCGGUUGUAAACAGUAUGGAGAAAUUUCUAAUGAUGUUUUGAUGUAUAACAUUACAAAUCAAACCUGCCGCAAGUUGCCAAGCAUGUUGGAAAGAAGGUGAGCUGCUUUUACAUUAUUUUGUAUUGAAUAUGCAAUUACGAAUGAAUGCGUGUCCACAAUUAUAUCUGGCAGAUGAUUUUAUCAUUUUUAUGACUUUGUGUAUGCACUAAUACAGACUGCAGCCUGAUAACGCUUGAAAUCAAGGUCUAAAUUUUUAAAACAACAAAAUAUUUAGGGAGAACCCACACACCUUGUACCCGUUCACAUGUUUUCUGUUCAGCACUUUCCAGUGAGCCCAUGCAACGAUUUUAUUUGUCAGGUGAAAAUCCUAAUUAACCACGAGAUAAUUUAUAUUUUAGAUCACACUUUGCUGCAAUGAUUAUGGGAGAUAAAAUAAUUGCUAUUGGAGGAAGAACAUAUUCAAGUGAAAACCAUCACCAUCAAAUGUUUCACUGUCAAACACCUCUCAAUACAGUGGAGUACAUGGUACUGGGUGAAGACAGAUGGAAAAAACUACCAGCGAUGCACUGUCAAAGAGAGGAUGCAACAGCAUGUCUUCUGCCAUAA